AUGAGCAAACGCGGCGCAAAAAAAUCAACUCGUACAUCCGUUGCAAGACAGACCUCUACCGACUCGCUGCGGGACCAGAACGGGGAUGCAAACGCAACGGGCACCAUGAACGGAAUCGUUGAGCACAGGCGGAAACAUGCCACGCUGGACAGUCCCGAGGGCCAGGCGGCAUCUCUGAUGAGCAGAUCGAGCUUCAACUUGGACGAUCCAGUACCGGCGCUGGGAACCAGCAAUGAUGAAGAGGAGUCUGGCAAGGGAUUCUCCGAGUUGUCGAAGAAGGAUCAGCGGAAUUUCCUGCUGCUAGUAUUGCUGUAUUUCCUGCAAGGAAUCCCAAUGGGCCUGGCGACUGGAUCUGUGCCCUUCCUGCUCAAGAGAGAUGUUUCCUAUGGUGCUAUCGGGGUGUUCUCACUAGCAGCAUAUCCUUACUCGUUAAAACUACUAUGGAGUCCUAUCGUGGACGCUGUGUGGACACCUAGACUCGGCCGUCGCAAGAGUUGGAUCUUGCCUAUUCAGACAGUCUCGGGAUUUUCGAUGCUGUGGCUGGCAUCGAAUGUCAAGGGGAUGAUGGAGGCCGUUGGACAAGAGGGAGGCGAUAUUUGGGGCUUCACUUCAUGGUGGUUUGCGCUGGUCUUCCUCUGUGCGACACAGGACAUUGCGGUUGAUGGUUGGGCAUUGACUCUUCUCUCGCAAGAGAACCUUGCUUUCGCAUCGACGGCGCAAACGGUCGGAUUGACGGCGGGACAGUUCCUAUCGUACACAGUGUUCCUGGCCUUUGAAGCCCCGGACUUCUCGAACAAGUGGUUUAGGCCCGCAGAUGCACCAUUGGAUGUCGGUCUAAUGACACUAGACGGAUACCUUAGAUUCUGGGGCUGGGCCUAUCUGAUCGUAACGUUUGGUCUCGCGAUCUUCAAGCGGGAAGAGCGCACGAAGAACACCGACGGCAUCAUGGAAGUGUAUCAGACCAUGUGGGGCAUUCUGAAGCUCAAGAACAUUCAGACCUUCAUCGUCAUCCAUCUGAUCGCGAAGAUUGGUUUCCAGGCCAAUGACGCCGUCACCAGCUUGAAGUUGCUUGACAAGGGAUUCAGUCAGGAGGAUCUUGCGCUGACGAUUCUCAUCGACUUUCCCAUCGAAAUCUUCCUCGGAUACUAUAUUGGCAAAUGGUGUCAAACAUACCCACCGAUGCACAUCUGGUGUUGGGCAUUUGUGGGCAGACUAGGCGCCGCGGGGUUCGCGCAAGCCGUCGUGUCAGUGUUCCCGGCAGGAGGCACGACGACAUGGUAUUUGCUACUGGUCAUCUGUGAGCACGUUUUGUCCACAUUCAUGAACACGGUCAUGUUUGUGGCGGUUUCGGCGUUCCAUGCAAAGAUCUCCGACCCAGUCAUCGGCGGGACGUACAUGACUCUCCUGGCGACCGUCUCGAAUCUAGGCGGUACAUUCCCGCGCUAUUUCGUGCUGCAGUUUGUGGAUUACUUCACCGUGGCAACAUGUCAGCCGCCAGUGACGGCUCCGGCUGCCGACAAGCUCAAGGGCGAUCUCAUCACGAAAGCCUUCUCGUGUUCACUCUCUGCCGACAAACACCGAUGUGAGGCGGGCGGCGGGUCUUGCAUCGUGACGACGGAUGGAUACUACAUCAUGAACAUUGUGUGCAUCAUCUUCGGCAUUGUUACAUUCUGGGGCUUCAUCAAGCCCGCGGUGAUGAGGAUCCAAGCAUUACCACUGCGAGCGUGGCGGAUCUCGGAGUAG